AUGCCGAAUUAUGCCAAAUUUAUGAAGGACAUUCUUUCAAACAAAAAGAAACUCGAAGAACAUGAGACAGUAAUGCUAACGGAAGAGUGUAGUUCUAUUCUUCAAAAGAAGUUAUCACCGAAAAUCAAUGAUCCAGGAAAAAGAUGGGAUUGGGAGAAGCCAAGGCCACCACUGUAUCAUUACAAUUGGCUGACCAAUCAAUUAAAUAUCCUCGGGGGUGUCAUUGAGGAUGUAUUGGUCAAGGUGGACAAAUUCAUAUUUCCAGCCGAUUUCAUAAUUCUUGACAUGGAAGAGGAUCAUGACAUCCCUAUCAUUUUAGGACGACCGUUUCUUGCCACCGGCCGAGCUUUGAUUGAUGUGCAAAAGGGGUAG